AUGAAAGCAUACUGUGUUUCAUUCCCUCACACCGCUCAAAAUUCUCUCUUCUGCCACCAGUGUGUUUUGCUGCUACUCAUUCCAUCUCAUUGUUUUCCUUCUGACUUUUCUCUAACUCCUAACUCCUCUGCCCCAGAUCCCUUUGUUUUGCAGUUGGCCGUGGGCUGUGCCCUGCACUCUGGGGAGGUCACAGAAGGCUUCCUGAGGAAAGCCUAUCAAGGGUCAGCUCUCCUGAGCCUCCAGAGCAGUUCAUGGGUGCCCUCUCCUCAGGGUGGAAGCAGGGCCCAGCACGUCUGCAGACUGCUCAAUCUAUUCAGAGGCCUCAAGGAAACAGUGCACAGGCUCCUCACCGUCACCUGCCCACGCUUCCUCUUCAGCUUACUUGACACAGGGAAAGCAGACAUCCAGUGCCAAGUAAGACCCACGGCCUGGCUGUCCAGUGGCCCCAGCCCUGGGCCUGGCCGUCUGCAGCUGGUGUGUCAUGUCUCUGGCUUCUACCCAAAGCCCAUACGGGUGAUGUGGAUGCAUGGGGACAAGGAGCAGCUGGGCACUUGGCGCGGUGGUGUCCUGCCGCAUGCUGAUGGCACCUGGUAUCUCCGAGUAACCCUGGAAGUGGUGGCCGGAGAGGCGGAGGAGCUGUCUUGUUGGGUGAAACACAGCAGCCUAGAAGGCCAGGAAAUGAUGCUUUACUGGAGUGAGAAAGAUCCAGGGUCCAGGCUGGAAAGGGGAGGAGGCGGUCAACAGGCAGUGCAGGAGGGACAGCUGAAAAUUUAG